UGAGCGCUCGGCGGUUUCCGUCGGGGCCGCGGCGCGCUCGGCGCUUGCUCCCUGGCUGGCGCUCCUCAGUCGGCCGCUGCCUGCCUGUCGCCGGGCUGGGAGCGCCUGUGUGUGUGUGAGUGACGCGGCGGAGGUGUAGUUUGACGCGGUGUGUUACGUGGGGGAGAGAAUAAAACUGCGGCGAGAUCCUAGGCGCGAACGAAAGCAGUGACGGAGCAGCCUGGUAACCGGUAACUAAAUGACCAUGGAAUCUGGAGCAGAGAACCAGCAGAGUGGAGAUGCAGCCGUUACAGAGGCAGAAACCCAACAGAUGACAGUACAGGCACAACCACAGAUUGCAACGUUAGCCCAGGUGUCUAUGCCAGCAGCUCACGCAACGUCUUCUGCACCAACGGUGACCUUAGUUCAGCUGCCCAAUGGGCAGACAGUCCAAGUGCAUGGCGUAAUACAGGCUGCCCAGCCAUCAGUUAUCCAGUCUCCACAGGUCCAGACAGUUCAGAUCUCCACUAUAGCAGAAAGUGAAGAUUCACAGGAAUCAGUAGACAGUGUCACAGACUCACAGAAACGAAGAGAAAUUCUUUCCAGACGACCCUCCUACAGGAAAAUUUUGAAUGACUUGUCCUCAGACGCCCCAGGAGUGCCAAGGAUCGAGGAAGAGAAGUCUGAAGAGGAAACAGCAGCACCUGCCAUCGCCACUGUUACGGUGCCAACUCCCAUUUACCAAACCAGCAGUGGGCAGUACAUUGCUAUUACCCAAGGAGGAGCAAUACAGUUGUCCAACAAUGGCACAGAUGGAGUACAAGGUCUGCAGACGUUGACUAUGACCAACGCAGCUGCAACCCAACCUGGCACCACCAUUUUACAAUAUGCACAGACCACAGAUGGACAACAGAUACUUGUACCCAGCAACCAAGUUGUUGUACAAGCUGCCUCAGGAGACGUGCAGACCUACCAGAUUCGCACCGCCCCUACCAGCACCAUUGCACCAGGUGUAGUCAUGGCAUCCUCUCCAGCACUUCCAACCCAGCCAGCAGAAGAGGCCGCACGGAAGAGAGAAGUGCGUCUAAUGAAGAACAGAGAGGCAGCACGUGAAUGUCGCAGGAAGAAAAAGGAGUAUGUGAAAUGUCUAGAAAAUCGAGUGGCUGUGCUUGAAAACCAAAACAAGACACUGAUUGAAGAGUUGAAAGCACUUAAGGACCUUUACUGCCACAAAUCAGAUUAAUUUUGGAUUCUCAUUUUCACUUAUCCAGGUGGGAUAAAGACUGGUUCUGGCUAUAACCAGAAAGACAAAGUAAACUUUUUAUUUUCUAAACAUUUCUUUUUUUCUAUGCGCAAAACUGCCUGAAGCAACUACAGAAUAUACUUCAUCUGUGCUUUGCAUCAAACUGUGAAUGUUCAAGUACUUGCCUCCAGUUCUGCCCCUACAAGAUUAUUUUCAUCAUCAGUCUCAGCGUGAAGAACAGGCUUCUUUCUCGUCUCCCCAUCCUCUUCAAGAAGUAACAGUGGUCACUUGGAAAGUUACUGUGGGGAGGGUCCUUGGGUAAUGAUUUCAAGAAUUCAUGCUGAGCUCUUUCCAUUGCCUUAGAGACAGAACCACCCCAGCCUCUUGGUCCGGAGAACUGUGGGCCACAUAGGUGGAGCAUGCAUGGUGCAAUGAAGAAGCAAUGGUUGCCAAAUUGGUUUCACAUAUUCACGAUGAACUCUACAAAUACAUGGCUAAGCAGCAUGCCAAAUGAAAGGCACUUCACCGUCACGGUCUUGGUGUGGAGAUAACAGACCUUGUUCAAACUAGCCCAGGAGGAUUUUUGAUUUGUCAUCUGUAUUUAAGCCCUCCUGGGCUAGUAAAAAUUUCUCCGUACCUCAGAAACAAAUGCAUUGAAAUGAGCUUCACUGGUCAGUUGUUGCUUUUCAAGGCUUAUGUGUGCAAGUGUGUUCAGCAUUCUGAACACACGAAAGCAAACACCAAUUUCAUAGGAUACUGGUUGGGAAAUGACAUUUGGAUGGGAAAGGAAUUCGGAAUUAAAAAAGUACAAUAGUGACGUUUUGUCACACAGUAAGCAAGGGUAACACGUGAAAGCACCACCUGUUUGUAUGCAGAACAACUAAGCAGGUGAAGCAUGGCCAACUCCACGUACAUACUCCCUGAUGACAGUGUAGUUUGUGUCCCAGGUCCUCUCAAGUAAUGAGAUUAUUUCUGUUGCCCUACCACUGUCUUACAUGAUGGAAAUUAUUGUACUCAGUUGAAACAUUAGCCUUGUUUGCUAGAUUCUUUUACAAACAUAGAGGCUGCCUUCCAUGCAUAAAUUAAAUUGCAGUAUGGCAAUUACCAGGAUGACCUCAAAUAUUGAAGAGGACUUCACACACAAAUAUUCCAACUUCUGCUUUGCAAGGGACAAUAUUCAUGGCCAGGUUCGUAAAUUCUUAAUUUAUUUGGAGAAUUUUUUCAUGUAAAGAUCUACCAAGUAAUUUAUCCCUGGAAGUCAAAUUACCAUGUGCCUCAGAUGUUUGCAAGAUCAAUAUUUUUUGUGUGCACUGAGGAAAUGUGAUCUUUCCCAGAUUUAUAUUGUUAAAAAAGGUAGUUCAUGUUUAAAAAAUGCUGUACUAAGCAUUAGGACUUCAAAGGAAUCAUGCUCAAAAGAAACAAAAAAGAAUGUCAAGAAGCUGUCAAAAAGAACGUGUCAAAAAGAAACAUGCAGUUUCUUUGCUGGCCCUCUGAAGCCAGUCUCUUGAUACAUUAAUUUGGAUCAUUGGAUGGAGUAAAGUUUACUUUGGGCCUCUGGUCAAACUUUUACAUGUAGAGACAAGAAUAAGACUCUGGUCUGUCCUAAUGCCUUGCCUAACUAAGUAUUAGUUAAUAUUUUUUUCCUGUUCGCUCUACCUGGUUUUUAAGGUAAAUGUCAAACAUAGAGGUUAUACAAUCAAUGUGACAUUAUAAGAGGAACAUUUGGAAGACUCUGGGCAGUUGAGUCUCAAACAGCCAAGCAGUAUUAAAAGUUCUAGUUUUCUCAUUUGAGAGGGCAUUCAGUUUCCAAGAGACUUUAAAAGGAGCAGGGUUACACUUGUAGCAUUAUUGUUAAAUCUAGAGUUAUCAAUAACUUCAAAUUACAUUUGUAUUUCAAGAAGAGAACAUAAAUAUCAGAAUUAUGAAAUAAUUCAUUUUCACAAGUUUUGAGGGGGGUUUAUAAAUGGUCUAUUUUUUAUCUGCCAUAAAUGAUUGAUUUUAAUGUUUUUAUGUAAUGGAAGAUGAAUAUAUUAGUUUAGCAAUGCAAAUUUAAAGAAAACUCUAAAUUCUUAGCAAUGCUUUCAUAAAAGUUGCCUGAUUUUUCAGAACUAGUGCUGAAUGAAGCAGAAAUGUUGGUAAUGGCAGGAGUCAUUCUUGUAAAACAUGAAACUCAUGAUGGCCUAAUUUACAGCUGUAUGGAAUGGUUCCUCCAGUGAGGAACCUCCAUGAGAUGCAUGGAAGAGGCUGUAUGUGCCUGCAUGAAGGCUGUUUCUUUUGUAGAACCAUGUUUUUGCAGUGAACCUGAAGGAGGCUAGCUGUGACCUGAGACCUGUUCCUAGUGGGACCAGCACUGUCUGGCACUUGCUGAUAAUCACUCAGCACAAGGUCUGGGAGCUGAAUGGCCCAGGGAGCCUAACCCGGUUCUCCUGAGACAGGGUUGGUGCAGGUUUGGGUGGCAGCCGGAGGAGAACUGAUACCAGUUUGUCUGUGCGUGGUCUGCAAGUAGUUGGUAGUGCUGUUAGUCUAGUCCUCAUUAGCAACUAAUGUUUUGCUAAGAAAAAGAACGUUAUUUUAAAGUACAUGGGGAUCUGCAAGAACGUUUAUUUUUAUUUAUGCUGCACUGAGGAUAGAGGGACUUGAAUUUCUUUAUUGGAAUUUUUAAAUGACAAUAAUCAAAAGUGUAUUAUACCAAGUAGAGGGCUGGCUAGGGUUACCCAUACAUACUUCACUAUUUGUACUACCCAAGAAAGGGAAAGAAUACGAUACAGGAAUCCAUUCAUAUGUUAUUUACCAACUAGUGAGGUUGGGGUAAUAAGCUUCUCUAAACUAAGGCCAUUUGGAAGUAGGAUGGAAAUUAUGUUUGCAGGGGGGAGAGAGGGUUAGUUUUAUAUCUCACGGUUGUGAGGUUUCAAGAAUUGGUAGCCUGUUUUACCUGAAGAGAGGGUUAGAAAGGGCUAGAUCCAUUAUGUUCAUAAUAAACAAGAAUUGAUUUGAAAUAUAAUUUUUGUAAUGUCAUUAUUUUGCAAAACAACAGCACCGAUCAGGCAGUUAAGAUAUUGUCAGAGGUGCUCUUUUAAUUUAGAUAUUCUUGGAAAAAUACAUAUGUAUAAUAUAUGUACAUAUAUAUAUAUAUACACACAGUAUAUAAUCUACAGCUCUGAGAGCUUUUAAGUCAGGAAUGCUGAGUAUUAUAGUAUAUGGAGGUCAGAAAAAAUUUUUACUUUUCUGUGUGUGUCUGGGUGUGUGUGGAUGUGUGCGUGUGUGAGAAAGCUUCCCCUGCCCCAGUAGUCCUGGGCUGCAUUAUUCUAGCGCUUAUUUCUGAUUUGUUUUGUGCUGUUUCUCAGUUAAAAAUUUUCAAGGAUUUUAUUUCAUAUUUCUUGGCUUUUGUGAGGUUUGUUUUUGGGUUUUUAUUGAUGGAGAUUUUUGAAAUUAUGUAAACAGUUGUUUUACAACAACCACCACCCCCCAGAAUAAUUCACUUUUGUGCUUUUUUCUCUUUGGCAGCUAUAUAUCAAAGGCAAAACAAUUGGAAAGGUUGUUAAGGUGUAAUUUUCUAAAGGAACCACUGGUAAGACUUCUGUUCUCGUCCUGGGGUAGUGGCGAUGCGUUUUUUAUUUAAGCAGCAAUUUCAGCAGAAUCAGGUAGUUGCCAGCACCAUUGCUUGUAUCUGAAAGCACAAUUUUAGCCUGUCAUGCUUGUCAGGACUGUACAGACACCUGCAGGUUCUGGCUCUUCUGUAGUUGGGGUUUGCGUUGCAGACCCCCGUCUUCUCUGGUACUUGUACAUUGAUCAGAACAUUGGUGGGGUGUUUGGAAUCGUUAAGAGGCUCAGGAAAAAAAAAAAAAAAUUAAUAAGGAAAACAGCCCUGACAGUUUCUGAUCUAUAUUUGUACUACAGGUUUUUUUUUUUAAAAUCUGGGCUUCCAGUAGACUGCAGCUGCAAGUAGUCAUCUGUUAGCAAAAACUGGCCUCUGCUUUUCUAUUAUAUAUUUUUUUAAUUUAUGACAGCCAGUGCUUUUUGUGGGUUAAAGACAAGUCUCCCCAUCAAAGCAAGUUCAUUAUCAGUGGUUGCAAAUCUAUGACAGUUCAUAGAGGAUUUAAUUUGUUUUCUAGAACCCUGUUUUUAUUGUCAUUUUUUUACCCUGAAGCUGGUUAGUGAUGUAACAUUUGCCAAUGAUCUAACCAAAAGGUCAUGUAUUUAUUUUUGUUACACUAUAUUCUUUGUAAAUGUUUAAUUAAAAUGUGCACUUUUAAAAAAAAAAACCCACCACAGAGUAAAAAAAUAUUUAGAGCAAUUUGGUUUGUUGAGAAGCUCCCCAGCCCUAUUGUCAUAAUCUUGCUGUCUGCACACAGUUCACUCCUCUCCCCACAGCAGCUGACUCCUUCACAAAUUUAACUUGCUGAUGAGCAUCUGGCAUCCAGCAGUUAUUACUUGAACAUGGCAGGAGAUCUGAACUGGCAGGACUGGAGACUGGAAAGAGUUAAGUGUCUGGUGUCUCAGAGCAGCAUGUACAGGAUGGAUGUGAAAUUAUUUUUAGAACAGAACUAGUUCAAGUGAUCCCAGGUGGGAAAGGGAGGUUAAUUUGGAAGGAAAGCUAAACAAUUUUUCAGUCACUUUUUUCUCCUUUUCUUAAUUUGAGAUUUGGCUGCAAAUAUUACAAGCUGCAUUCCAAGAAAAUAAAUCAAAAGCUUUCCAAUUCUUUGACACCAAGGAAGUGAAAGUACAUCAACAAUGUGUCACCCUGCUUUAAAAGAUAAAAAAAGCACAGCCACCUUUCUUUUGCAGGAGCAAUGAUAAUUUAGCUAUAACCCUGAAAUCUGUCACCAUGAGAAGGUCGUAAAAGCAUACAGUACAUUGAUGGGUCCCUGUACUGAGCCUGGGAACUCAUUUCCCUGAGCUUUUGAAUUUGCUACCUGUAAAAGACACUGAUUUUGCAGAAACCUGAAUGUACCACUUAACUCAGUCUGUCUGGGAGGAGCCAGACUGAUGGGAGAGAAACAGGGUGCUGAAAACCUGUCUACUGUGUGUGCUUGUGACAGGUUCAGGUCUGUGGAUGGAUAUGGCUUAAAUCUGUACAUCUUUGGGGAAGAGGGACCAGAUCCAGUUGGUAAAGAGGGUUUGCAUUUCAAGUGUUUUCCCUUGGAGUGUGUUUUUUUAAAGGUAUUUAAGCUCUGGCCCACAAAAGAGACUUGCUUGGGCUAGUUUGUGUAGCACGAAUUGUUGAGUUGAGGUCUUGCUUUCACCAGCAAGGCCGGAGAAGUGGGCUGUCCUCGGGAGCUGUGUGCUGGCAGGGACAGGAACAGGCUGUAAUCAUCAACGGCUGGCAGAAGUCGUAAGCUGAGCACUUGCUGCACUCAGGACUUGGGAGCAGUCAGUUCACUUGGUCUCAGCCUCAGCUACAUGUUUCUCUAAAUUAGGGGUUAGCUGAGUGAGAGCACAGGGAAGGAGGCCAUGAGCCAGUUAAGUUACCUGGAAAUGGCCACUCUUAAGAACUAAGGAUGUUCGGAUGCACUCCACAAGUUGUGUUUUAAUCAGGUGCCACUCCAUUUUUUUUGUGUGUGUAAUGACAUUUAUUUAUAUUAAACAUUUAACUUUUAAAAGUUCUAGAACUUUGAGUUUGUAUGAAGUUUGAAACUGUGCUGCUUAUAUGGACUUCUAGGCAUGGGAUGGGAAACACGGCAAGAAGAGGUGCUAGUUGGCAGCCAACCCCUCCACAGACUUGACCACAGACUGGUUGUUCACUUCAAAAAUUAGUUACUUCUACUCUGGAUUUAUUAUUUGAAAUUAUUUUGGAACAACAUUUUUCAGGGAAGCUUCCAGAGUGAGGGUUAUUAUUCUCCCUUUGUAAUGUAAGCUGGAAAGAUUUAAGUUCACCUCAUCUGUGUUUCUGAUUCUUUAUCCAAACCAUGUCAGCACAGAACAGGGUAUUUGAGCUCGACUCCCACAUACUUGUGGAAGUUAAAAGACUAAAUGAAAAUCCAUUAUUGAGGGAAAAUAAAUUCUUAUUUACGUUUUCCCAAAAAUCUAGAAACAUCCCUGUUGUGGGGUUUUUAUGGUUGUUUGUUUUGGUUGGUUUUUUACCUAUUUUUUUUGUGCUUUAUCUGUGUUGUUUUUUUUAAAUUGUACUGGGUUAUAAUGCAUUUUAUUAACACUAUGUACAUAUUAGCUGCUUUGUGUUUCAGAAUGGUAGUAAUUGCUUUGUAUAUUAAAGUGAUUCUUGUGAAUUUGUGAA